AACAUGGAAAGCGUAGAAUCGAUGCUCAUUGACAUUUCUACCCUGAGAGCUGCAACCAGGGGUUUCGCAGAGAGCAACAAACUUGGCCAAGGCGGAUUUGGUGCGGUGUACAAGGGUACUCUCCCGGACGGCGAUGAAAUAGCGGUGAAGAGGCUUGCCAAGAGUUCGACGCAAGGAGUUGGAGAGCUGACGAAUGAGCUCCUUUUGGUCGCCAAGCUUCAGCACAAGAAUCUCGUCAGGCUUGUUAGCGUCUGCCUGGAGCAGGAGGAGAGACUGCUCGUCUACGAGUUCGUCCCCAACCGGAGCCUGGACCAGGUCCUAUUCGAUACGGAGAAACGCGGCCAACUUGACUGGGGAAAGAGGUACAAGAUCAUAAGCGGAAUCGCGCGAGGCCUGCAGUACCUCCACGAAGACUCGCAGCUCAAGGUAGUCCACCGCGACCUUAAGGCGAGCAACGUCUUGCUUGACACCAACAUGAACCCCAAGAUCUCGGACUUCGGACUCGCGAGGCUCUUCGGGGGAGACCAGACGCAGGGCGUCACCAGCCGUGUCGUUGGAACAUAUGGUUACAUGGCCCCGGAGUACGUGAUGCGCGGGAACUACUCGGUCAAGUCGGACGUGUUCAGCUUCGGCGUCAUGGUUCUGGAGAUCGUGACGGGGAAGAAGAACAACGACUGCUACACCUCCCGGCUGUCUGAAGAUCUGUUGACGCUUGUAUGGGAGCACUGGACGGCAGGGUCGGUAUCCGAGCUGAUAGACCCGUGCUUGGGCGACGGCUUCUCCAGGACCGACGCGCAGCGGUGCAUGCACAUCGGGCUGCUGUGCACGCAGGGAGACCCCGCGGGCCGGCCGGCGAUGUCGUCGGUGGUCAUGAUGCUCGGCAGCGACACGGUGUCUCUCCAGGCCCCGCCCAAGCCGGUGUCCUACGCCAGGAGAAACGGCUCGGGCACGUCGUCCACCAUGUCCACGGCGUCAGCAUAGGAGCAGUCCUCAAAUUUCAGAAUAAUGUACUUCCUCCAUUUCUAAAUAUAAGUCUUCUUAGAGAUCUCAUUACACGACUAUACAUAUAGAUAUAAUGUUGAUUCAUUCAUUUUGCUUCAUAUGUAUUCCAUUAGUGAAACGAAAAUUGAUUUUGGCUCCUGAGCACCAUGGAAGCCCUUUUUUGAAAAUAAUUCAAAAAUAA